CGUUCGAACGCGCUGACGUCAUCUAUAUAAAGGCCCUCGGCCCCUUUGUUCCUCCUCAGUGCGUCGUCGCUCUUCUGCCGGCAGGGACCAGAUCCCAAACGGUAUCAAAAUGGUUGAAGCAGAUCGACCUGGGAAGCUGUUCAUUGGUGGACUGAACACUGAGACAAAUGAGAAGGCUCUUGAAGCUGUCUUUGGCAAAUAUGGCCGCAUAGUGGAAGUUCUCCUUAUGAAAGAUCGUGAAACCAACAAGUCCAGAGGAUUUGCUUUUGUCACUUUUGAGAGCCCAGCAGAUGCCAAGGAUGCUGCCAGAGAUAUGAAUGGAAAGUCUUUAGACGGAAAAGCCAUUAAAGUUGAGCAAGCUACCAAGCCAUCCUUUGAAACCGGUAGACGUGGGCCCCCUCCAAGAAGCAGAGGCCCUCCCAGAGGCCUUAGAGGUGGAAGAGGCGGAAGUGGAACGCGGGGGCCUCCUUCAAGAGGGAGUCACUUGGGUUCCUCUAGAGGCCCUCUCCCAAUGAAGAGAGGCCCACCUCCACGUAGUGGAGGUCCUCCACCUAAAAGACCUGCACCUUCAGGGCCUGUGCAUAGCAGCAGUGGAAUGGGCGGGAGAGCACCCCUGUCACGCGGCAGAGACAGCUAUGGAGGGCCUCCGCGCAGAGAGCCACUUCCAUCCAGAAGAGAUGUCUACUUGUCUCCUAGAGAUGAUGGCUAUAGUACUAAAGACAGUUACUCAAGUCGAGACUAUCCAAGUUCCAGAGACACACGGGAUUAUGCUCCACCUCCAAGAGAUUAUGCCUACCGUGAUUACGGUCAUUCCAGUUCACGUGAUGAAUAUCCCUCAAGAGGUUACAGCAGUUACUCCUCUUACAGUGACCGGGAUGGCUAUGGAGGGCGUGACCGGGACUACUCGGAUCACCCAAGUGGAGGCUCUUACAGAGAUUCGUAUGAAAGUUAUGGUAACUCACGUAGUGCUCCACCUGCACGAGGGCCCCCUCCAUCUUAUGGUGGAAGCAGCCGCUAUGAUGAUUACGGGAGCACCCGAGAUGGGUAUGGUGGAAGUCGAGAAAGUUACUCAAGCAGCAGAAGCGAUGUCUACUCAAGUGGCCGCGACCGUGUGGGAAGACAAGACAGAGGCCUUCCCCCUUCCAUGGAAAGGGGUUACCCUCCUCCGCGUGAUUCAUACAGCAGCUCAAGCCGCGGAGCGCCAAGAGGUGGUGGCCGUGGAGGCAGCCGCUCUGAUAGAGGCGGGGGCAGAAGCCGAUACUAAAACCUUUCAAAGCCUUGGACCAAACCAUUUUUUUCUCCAACAAAUUAAAUGUGGAAGUUUUAUCUUCACUCCAAGAGGACUACCGAAACAAUUGUUUUUACCUUUUUUUAUCGUUGCUUGUUAAGUUCCCCUCCAUUACUGAUGUUUUUGUGAGGAAAAAGUAAACAUGUUUAAUUUCAUUUCAAAAUUGUUAAUAUUUCUCUCAAAACGCAGAUGUUAAUGUAUGACAUUUUUAGCCUGUGUACUAGUGUUGUAACUUUUCAGAAGUAAACGUUAACCCUGAAAUGCCACGCUUCUCACCUCAUCAAUGAGACCAGCAAAUCUAAGGCUUCCCCAUACAACGUGCAGCCAUCUAAAAUGGCCAUGGAUUGCUCUGCUCAUGCAAACAUGCCUUCUUUCUAGGCAAACCCUGUUAGCUGGUGGAGGGUGGUGGGGAUGUGUGCCAAACUAAAAAGUUAAAUGUCCUCUCAAUGCUGAAAUGCACACAAUACUCCCAAUUACAAAAUUGAAAUUCUUCAGUCUUGUGUUUAAAAAAAAACAUUCAGGAUGCCAUUCAGUCAUUUAAUCAAAACAACAAAUGGAUAAUGCUGAAUGUACAUUGUACCUUUCUACGUAUUUCAUUUGGGAAUUUGCAAGAACCUCGCCCCCCAAAUAUAACAUAUUAACCUGUAGUAAGCAGGCUACAGAGUUCUGUAAGUAAGAGGUUUGACCAGUUCCAUCAAAGAAGCUGCAAAACGGUACUUGCUCUUACUGUUUCAAAUUUUUGCAACCCUGUAGUGUCUCAUUUUUAAAGGAACAGCUUUGACUCCAAAGGCAAAAUGGAGAAAAUAAAGAUAAGCAAAGAAGUCUUUCUCUCCAACUUCUGAAAGGCUUAUGGCUUCAUAUAAACAAGUGAAACUUUCAGCAUUCCACUACAGAUUUAAAGCACCAAAUGCCUGUGAAACAGCAAAGAUGGUAAGCAAAGCAAACUAGUUUUUCAGUCUAAGUCAAACAUGACACCAAAACGUAACAUCCUUAGUUCGGUAGGACAUGCUGUCUGUCCUGGCAACGGGAGUCCUUUUAAAUUUUAAAGCAGCACCCAAUGGAAAAACUGUGCUGGAUAGCCUUAGGCGAAGUCUUCCAAAUUCAACUUAACCUUGUCUUGGAUGAAAGUAUGUAUGGCACAAAACUUUUGAAAAUGGUACUAAGAAAGCAGCUAACUUUAGACAACCAUUCCAGUAAAGGGUUGGGAGGGAUUACUUUUUGCCCUAUGUGUUUCAAUGAAGACACUUAAAAA